AUGCGGAGGCAGUCCAAGCAGCGGAAGCCCAGACGGAGGGCUCCGCCUUCUUUGCUGCUGCCGUCGCCCUCGACAACGUCGCUGCCGGAUUUGUUGCACUCCGUAACCGACAUGGCGCGGUGGCGCGGUUCCAUGAUGGAGGUGGCGCUGGCUGGCGGCUUCCAGUGCUACCUGCUUGACGAGCCCUUCAACGGCGUGCGGCGCAGGUCCGGGGGGCACUCGGAGGCAGUGCUUAGUAAAACGCUGCGGUUCAGUGCGGGCCGCUCUGCCGAGCAGCAUAGCCGUCAACAGAGCCGCAUGGACUCACUUAGGCGCGCGGAGGUUAUGCACGGCACCACGUCCUCGCCGGUGCAUCUCGCCAUCUCAUACAACUCGCAGCUGCCCCAGAACAUCUUUGAGAGCCUGGGGCAGGCCCCCUCGCUUGGGGCGAUGCCACCGAAGACGAAAACGGCGGCGGCGUGUGCGUUGGUCGAUAGCAGGGUGGAGCGUAAUAAACGCCGUGGCAGCAAAAUUGUAUGUGGACACUCUGCAGACGCCAAGGUGAUGUGCGCCGUGCGUGUUCUUUUGGUGGACAAGGCGUUGCUAAAAAAGUUGUGGAAACUUGCUGCGCCGGUUGCUUUCACCGACUCACGGUUAGUGUCAGAGCACAACGUUGACGCCACUGUGGAGGAGGGUGGCGGUAGCGAAGGGGCUGGCAGAGUUUCUAGUGCCGCGUCCGCGGCAAAUGCAUCCACUUCUCCUGCGGAAGAGGGUCGUAAGGAGAAGUCUGGGAACGGCAGGGAGGGCAGUGAUUGGUGGCUUCCCGCCUCCUUCUUUCUUCGGUUGCAGCAAGAGCUGGAAAAGGUUCUCCUGUGCCCCGUCGACAAGGAUUUCGUGGAGUUGACGACUGACGCCGCAACGGAUGAUAAAGACAAUUGGCUUGCUCAUCCCGGCUCCAUCUAUCCGCAGCAUUCGCACAUGAACGGGGAGAAUUUUAUGGGGGCGGGCGACAGCGCAGAUCAUCUGCCAGAGAACACGGACGGGGACGUAGCGGCGAGCGCCACCCCGCCCCCGUCCGCGCGUUCUGCUCUAACGUCGGCCUCGGCCGCUGCCAGCAGCCCUAUAGGCUCUUUGCAGGUGAGUGUGUCGGGCAGGUUUAAUGGGCAGAAAAGGGUGUCCGACAACGUUCUCCCAGCCGACGCGGCAAACGUGGGUGACUUGGACGGGCGGGACCGCGCGUAUGCGGCUGAUGGGCGGCUCCCCAUCGUGGGGGUCAGUGUUGUUCCAUUGGGGCCCGACAACGCGGAAGGGCUGGAGCUGCCACCCGCCUUGUCGGCGCUUUCCGCGAAGCGACGCAGGAGGACGACAGCGGCCGCAGCGGCUCUUCCACGGCGGAGUGGAGGGGCUUUGCUUCCUGCGAGGGCGAAGCCUGCUCCGGCGGGUCAGAAGAAGGCAAAGCAGGGCCCCAAACCUACUGAGGUCGUCCGCGGGUUCGGCGGCCCCUCGGCGAUGCGCUCCGUCCGGAACAGCCACCGCCGCCUCGCGUGGGGCCACGCAUGUGAGGAAAAGCACAUGCGCUCGGGCGGGUCGUGGCGGAGCUGGGGGUCGACGGCGAAGAAGCUCCCCCGUGAAUCGGAGUACGCCAGAAGAUUGCGGCCGUCGCAUCAGCGCGCGCGCGUGCAUGUUCAUCGACCACGAUGA